UCGAACUCUCUCUUCGCUGAGAGAGAAAUAUCGCCGUCCUCUUCCUUCGCCAAGCGGCGGCGACAAAUUUCGUCGCUGGCUUCUCUCUUCGGAUAGCGACGGCGACAUCUCUAUUUUUCUGGCCCUCUCUUCGGUUAGAGAAGAUGUUUUUACUGUAAUUGAUGGAGAUCGAGGUCGUGCUGAACGGAUCUGAAUUGAUGGACGUAAUCCAAUUCGGGGUUCUGUUCAUGCUGCUGUAGGUGUGGCUGGUGGUGGAAGAGAUGUAGGUGGUUGUGCGGGAUAGGGACCAGCCUCGGGUCAAGGAACUGCUACAGAAACGAUGGUGAUUCGUCUUAAUGGAUGGUCGGUGGCAAAGGUCGUUCGACUCCAUGGUUUGGCAGGGAAGCUUCUCUGCUCAAAAGCACUGGAUAAUAAACGUCGGAGUCCGGCACGGCAGGGAAGACGACGUUGACGCGUCUGGUUUGGCAGUAGAGACUUCGGUGGCGGCUGCGGGGUGACUCCGUCGACUGCUAGGGUUUCAGGAAGGAUGAAAUGUUGGGAUCCAUUUCGGGCUUUGGGCUUAGGUUAGACUAGGCUGUUUAGAGCGAAGCAUCACUUCUGCCCCAUCCAUCAUUGCAGAUUUAAUUUUGUUCUUAGAAGCCUUAGGCCUUCCUCACUUUUUCUUCUGAGGAGAGAGAGUCAGAGGACCCUGAUCUUGAUGUAAUGAAAGCCCAAUGUCCUCGGCCACGACUACGUAGUUCCAGUGCAGGGAGAGCCAAUAGGUGCUUUCCCCGCCUCAGCAUCGUUAUCUCAGCAGUCCAUUUAUGGCCACUAAGCUCCACCACCUGUGUUGCAGGCACCGGUGUAUUCAGCGACCCAUUCUUGCAUUCCAAAAUAAACUGAGCACGGUAAUAAGCUCAAGAUAUUGAAAUUAGUGGUACAUGUGGCUCUCUUAGAGUCCGGUUUUGUGCGGUUCAACCCAGGUUCAGUUUCCGGUAAAUCGGUUUUCUAUACUUUGCCUGAGAUUCUACAAAAUGAUGGUGAGGUUAUUGAAGGGAUUGUGAUGGUGUUUCCCAGUUUGAGUCCAUUCUUUGCGGCCUACCGUGACGGUUACCCUGUAUGGUUGGAUGAGAAGAAGUUUGCGCCUGCCAUGAUCGAUUUUGUUUGGGGAAAUAAUAGAUUUGAUGAUUGUCAUGUGAAUGUGGGAUUACUUGAGAGACAAGUUACGGAGAUUAGAAAUAUUGUGAAGAAUGAAAUUGCAUUGCCAUUACUAAUAGAUCUUUGUGCAGUGGCCGGUUUGCGUGCUCCACCGUGCCUUAUGGGCCUUCCUGCGGAGCUUGGAGCAAAGAUUUUGAAGUCGCUGCCUGGUGAGGAUAUUGCUAGAGUGUCGUGUGUCUGUAAGGAGCUGCGAAAUCUGGCUAAUGAUGAUGAGUUGUGGAAGCAAAAGUUUGCUGAGGAGUUUGGCUUAAGUGGGAAUGAAGUUGGAGACCGCAAGUCUUGGAAGUCCUGGUUUGUUGUAAACUGGAAGAACAAGAAGGAAACAAAUAAAGAGAAGGGAAAAAUUAUAGUGGGAUAUUGGUGGCGCCGGAAAAAAUAUGAUAGAGAGUGGCCUCCUUUGCGCUAAACUCCAGAACUGCAAUAUCUAUAUGUACUAAUAAGCAUCCUUAGUUCUCCAAUUGCAGCUAGAAUGAUCUUAACUAGAUUUCUUUUACUUGUUCUGUUUUAUUGUUGACGAGUUCAGUAUUAUGUAGCUGUAUUUGUUGCUUGAUUGUGUGGGAUAUAGUCUUCAUCUUUGAACAUUACCAUAUUUUUCAGC